CUCCUAAGUAACAAGUGAUAGGACAAGAGGUAACACCUCAAGUUGUGCCAGGGGAGGUUUAGGCAGGAUAUGAGGAAAAAUUUCUUCACAGAGAGGGUGAUCAGGCAUUGGAACAGGCUGCCCAGGGAAGUGGUGGAAUCACCGUUCCUGAAGGUGUUCAAAAACCAUGUAAAUGAGGCCCUUAGUGCAUGGUUUAGUGGUGGACUUGGCCGUCCUGGGGUAAUGGUUGGACUUGAUGAUCUUAAGGUCUUUUCCAACCUAUGCUAUGAUCUGGGUUAGAUGUGGGACAGGGGAAUAGCAGGAGAACGCCAUGGCCAUACCUGCUGUGGCUGUUUCUAACCUUGUGUCGGCUGCUUUAAAGGGAGAAUUGAACCUCCCUGCCCUUUUGCUCUCCUGCUAAAUACACAUGUGAAAUAUGUGAAGUGCUGUGUUUAAGUUAAGGUGCUGUAUUUUACUUAGUGCUGUAUUUUAGCUGGUAGCAGUGCUCAAAAAGGAUGUGUUAAACCCUUGCCUUUAUCUUUCAUGGUUGCUAGCAAUACACACUGCUUCUGUGACUUAGGCACGUUGGCUUUUGAAGGUUUUGCCAGCUUGUGCAAGCAGCUUUAACAGUAAUUCAAGCGAUUUGCCCUGUAUCUCACAGAGCAUUCUGUAGGAUUAUAGUCUUCUAACAGGGACACCUACUGGUAAAAUAUGUUUUACUUUAAAAUGUAUUAUUUGAGUCCUUUUCUCUGUGCCUGCUAUUUCUGUGCUUGCUACCUAAUGUCAUAAUUUAAGCAGUAAAUUUCUGAUGCUGCCAUUAGAGAACAUCUUUUUGUUUAUCAAUGACAUGCCAAACUCUUCUCAAAUCAUUGUGUAUGAUGCUUUCCCAUGUGAUUUUUUUUAAUAAAUAAAUACAUUUUUGUAAAAGUCCUUAAUUCAUCUUUUCUUCCUGUCUUUCUUAUCACUGUUCCUUAGUAGAAGAAGGUGUUUACUUGGAAUAAAGAACCAGUACAUUGUAGCACAGAUAAAAAGACACUGAUUUGCAUGAACCAGUUAGAGGGUCUCUAGUCUAAUACAAUGAUACAUUUGCCAGCAAAAAGGUGGAUAAGGAAUUUUACAAGUUUGUCAUUCCACAGGGACUGCUUGAGGGGUCAUUCUUGAGUAGUGAGGUUCACCAUGAUGCCUGCAGGGGCUGAAAGGAGUCUAUCUCUCCUGCUCUGCUCCCAAGGAUGCUGGAAUAUAACAGACCAGAACUUGGCUGGAUCUCAAAAGUGCAUGUGAAUCGACCUGAAGUUGUGAGGCAUGCAGAACAAAUUAAAAAAUGGAGAACUGUGAAAGGUAAUUGGCAAGCUGCUUGGCUGCUGAAAGCUGUCACCUGCAUAGAUCUUACCACUCUUUCAGGCGAUGAUACUCCUUCAAGUGUUCACAGACUGUGUUUUAAAGCAAAGCAUCCCAUCAGAGAGGAUCUGCUGAAAGCCUUGGACAUGCAUGAUAAAGGUAUUACUGUUGGAGCAGUUUGUGUAUAUCCCGCAAGAGUCACUGAUGCUGUUAAUGCCCUAAAGGCUGCUGACUGUAACAUACCAGUAGCUUCAGUGGCUGCUGGGUUUCCAUCUGGACAAACUCCUCUAGAAAUCAAACUGGCUGAAAUAAAGCUGGCUGUGCAAUAUGGUGCUAGAGAGAUUGACAUUGUCAUUAGCAGGACUCUGGUGCUGACUGGCCAGUGGGAAGGUCUCUAUGAGGAGAUCCGUCAGUGCCGUGAGGCCUGUGGAGAAGCUCAUAUGAAAACAAUCUUGUCAACGGGUGAACUGGGGUCCCUUGCUAAUGUCUACAAAGCCAGUAUGAUAGCUAUGAUGGCAGGUUCUGAUUUUAUAAAGACAUCUACAGGAAAGGAGGUGGAAAAUGCAACCUUUCCAGUUGGAGUAGUCAUGAUGCGAGCCAUUAAAGAAUUCUACUGGCAAACUGGCUACAAGGUUGGAUUUAAACCUGCUGGGGGCAUUCGGACGGCAAAAGAAGCUAUUACUUGGCUUAUGCUGGUGAAGGAGGAACUGGGAGUGGAAUGGCUAACACCAGAGCUCUUUCGCCUGGGUGCCAGUAGUUUGCUGGAAGACAUUGAGAAACAGAUUUUCUAUCAUGUGACUGGCUCUUAUCCACUUCAGCAUGACCUGGCAAUGGCUUAGACACAAAAUCAACUCAGGAUUCCUUUUACAAAAGAGGUCUUUAAGCAAACAGCAUUCAGAGGUCUUCUGGCAACCAAGUGCAUAUGAUAAAAUUAAAAGACUAAUUCUCCCUUCUUCAUAUUUUAUAGUAUUUAAAAAUAUGCUCAAGUGUGCUGGUUGUACUUAAUCCAAAAGCAGAAAAAAUGGUAAUUCUGAAAUAGUUAAAUAGUUAAUACUUACAGAUUUGCAAAGUUAAUCUUGCAAAGUCUUCCUCAGACUAGCCUGAAAAGCUUAUUAAUGGCAACACUGAAAUACUAUGAAAAAGAUUUAGGUGGCCUGGUAACACUUUGCAGUCACAGAAUAUGAAAUAUCUAUGGAAUGUUUCAGAUUACUAAUUAAGAGCUACAGAUCUUGGAAUACCUUUCCAUUCACCUCAGACAAAAUCUUCUGCCACAGAUGUGUUGCACUAUUAAUUGCUAUGUUGAUUCACUUUCAAGCAUUGUAACCUGAGAAAAUGAAACUUGGCUAUUACUUUCUUGUAUAAAAUGUCUCUGCAGCAGAAAAGAACCCCUUUUUUUUGGUAUUUUUUCCCCCAAACUUGGGCACAGACAUCCAUAUUUAGACCCUUGAAUAAAGGUGGCUUGAUUUCUAGAAUAGCUGAGUAUCCACAGUUGCUCCUGAAGUUAAUGGGAGCUCUGGGUGAUCAGAACAACUGAAAAUCAAGCAGCCUCUAUAUAGGUGCCUAACUAUGCAUUCAGGGGCCUAUUUUUAGGCAUUUCACGCUUAAAUUUUAGUCUAACUUGCUUAGAAGCUCUCAUUCCUGUCUCCUGUCAUUUUAAAACACAUUCAUGCAAAUCUUUGCAUUUUAAUGGAGGGGGAUUUAACUGUCAUCUUGCAGGUGUCACUGCUAUGCUGGCUUCACCUUGGUCAUUCUAAAAGCAAUUUUUAAAUUAAAAAGGUGAUUUGAAUUGUGUCCUAUACAGGGUUUAUAGCUUUAAUAUAAAAAGUACUUUUCUCAGAGCACAUUAAGAAUAGUACCGAAAUCAUCAACACCUUUUGAAUAUCAGACUACAGCUAGUAGGUUCAUUAUUUCGGAGCUGCAUUCUGCCCACUAACCAGAGUUGUACUAAAAACUUAAUUAUCUUAUCAUCAUGACUAGUCUCACUGACUUAAGUAGGUCUCAUCAGGGAAGUAAGAGGAGGAGGAUUUUGCUGUAAAUCAAGCUACAAAGGUACAUUUAUUACAAAGAGAUCUGUACUUCAUAAAGAUAAUAACUCAGUUAUUUAUCUGGCUAUACCACCUGAAUCACUAGUGCUCUACUGAACACCUUGGACAGAUAGGAAAGCUGAAUAGGGGAAAAAAAAAGUAAUAAUCAGAGAAACAACAUCUAUGGAAAGUAAAAUCCUAUAUGCAGUGCUCAGAACUAAAAAUAGGCCUCAAUUUCCCAGGAAGUAGUUCGUCCAAUGCUCCCAGCCUUUUUCUGCUUCAGGUCUCAAUGCAGAAAAUGAGGCUGAGCAGUGACCAUAUUUUCACAUUUGUUUUCCUGGAAAGUGGCCUUUUUUGCUACAGGUUUUCCUUCUGAAUUUCCUGCCAGUUUCCUGAAGGAAAAAUCCAGCACCUGUUUGCAUAUUUAGGGGAAAAUUCUGCUGCUGAGCUUGCAGAAAUACAGGGCCUGUUCUAUGAAGUCAUCUCCCACCAGAUGUUUGCCAGGUUGACUCUCUGCCCUCCCAGCAACCACACAUUGGAUUUUGCUGCUGUUUAGCUCUAGCCAUAUAAAUCUUAGAGUGUAUUUCAAAACUUUCAUAACAGAGAGAUUCACCUUACUUGAAAAGUAUACUUUUUUAUUGUUGGUUGUCUUUUGGACAUUUAGGGCAAAGAUAGAAGCUGUUUUUUGGAGAUGCUUUAGUUUCUAGGUGAAGGACUCUGUAGUUCCUUAAAAUUAAUGAAGGUCCAAUUUGCCACCUAACUAUUUAAUGUGAGUACCUCUGAGAACAACCUCACUGUUUCAACAGGAGCUACAUGUCAAUUAAUGAACUUGCCAGGAGGAAUUGUUUAUAUUUCUAUUGACAGCCCCCCUUCAUUUUGAUGUGCACAUCAAAAUGGGCUGCUGCUGGUUACUUUGCUUCCGAGGGAACAGGGUCGUUUGCAGAGAGAGAGGUUCAGCUUCCUGAAAAGCCAAAGAUAGCUGCUUGCCUGUUCCAUGAACAUUGCAAACACACUGGUGUGAAAUACUGUGCAAAUCCAAGCCAGCCAGUGUUUUGGGAAUAGCUGGAUUGGAAAGUAAUUUAAACAUUUUUCUGUUGAAACCUGUAAUUUUGGGGGCAAAAAAUAAAUACGUAAAAGUAA